GGAGCUGGGAGUGGCGAGCGGUGAGGACGCGGGUUGUGUGACGAUCACCGAUAAUUAGUUGGUGGUUAACGCGCAAGUAGAAAAAAGAGCUCGCCCCAGGCUGCCAGCAGAAAAGAGCCACCGUGGCACGUGCCCCGGGGAGUGCCGCGGUGGCCGAGUUUGCACGGAGAGCCGGACACCGCCUGGGGAGCCGCGCUAGUAGCCUGGGGGCGGGACGCGGCGGCCGCUCCCUCCGCCCCCUAGUAGCUACCACAGCCUGGCUGCGCCCCAGCCCAGUAGCUCAGACGCGACUGCAUCCCCGCGACCGUAGAGGCUGCAGAGAGCUAGAACCCGAGUCGCAGCUCCGGGCCGCAGAGCGCUGGGCGAGCGCGAGCGCCAGGGCACCGGCAGGGCGGGCAGCUGCGCUCUCGGCUGGAGUCAUGCUAUACUGAAAAGACACUCGAUCAAGAGAACUCUGGGAGAAGCAGGAAACCCUGUGCCAGGGACAGGAAAGAUAGGACACCUGUGCCACAGGCCACCAUGGAUCUGCACCUCAAUGCCCUUCGGAGUCAUGAGAGCGCAAGCAACAGCAGCUCAGGAAGCAGCAGCAGAGGAGACCAGAAAGGCUGAAGCUUCAGAGAUCACCUGCCAAACACAGACUGAACCUGACAGCAUGUCACACCAGGAUGUUGCUAUGAGGACAGAUUCAUCAAAAAUGACUGAUGUGGAGUCUGGGGUCGCCAAUUUUGCAUCUUCAGCAAGGGCAGGCCGCCGGAAUGCAUUACCAGACAUCCAGAGUUCAGCUGCCACAGAUGGAACUUCAGAUUUACCCCUCAAACUGGAGGCUCUCUCCGUGAAGGAAGAUGCAAAAGAGAAAGAUGAAGAAACAACACAAGACCAAUUGGAAAAGCCUCAAAAUGAAGAAAAAUGAAGGCUCAUAAUCUGUCAAGAGUGCUGAAUUUCUGCAUGUUGAAAGACUUAGUGGUUCUGUUUUCCUGAGACAUUUAAUCUGGUGGUAACUGUGGUAACAUUGCAACCCUAAGCAGCAUGUGUAUAUUAGAUAAUUGUGUUGUGAUGCUACUCACUUUGAUUGCAAUGAUGAUGUCCAAUCUAAGCUAUUAAAAGGCAGGUCACUUCCAAAUCGCACCGAAGGAAAAGGUUAAAAAUAAUACAUGAUCACAGAAAUGCAUACCAAUUGUCUGUAAGCCCAACAAAAUUCACUAUUCUCUUUUGGAUUUACUUAGCCUGAUGUAUUUUUAAUUCAAUUUUUAUGGUAAUGAGCAAAUCGUUUCUUGGUAAAUGUAAAUCAAACACCAUUGAUUUAAAACUUCAUGGAAUUUGUAGAAAAUUAUGGACUUUUUUUUUUUUUUUUGGUGAGAAAGAACAAUCGUCAAAACUCACAUGGAUAGCGUUUGUUUUUAGCCAAAAAUGCCCCAGAUUUUUUCCCAAACCUCAAAAACGAUUUGGAAAAACUGUAAAAGUUUGAUAACAGAAAUAUCUUUAGGAUAUUUUUGCCUGACAUAUUUUGCUUCUAGUAUGUGCCUACUGUGAUUUUUUUCAUGUGGAAAAUGCAAAAUUUGUAACAAAAUGGUUAUAUGGAACAUGCCUAUUAAAUGAGUUUUACUAUCUUCCUUAACUUUGGUAUGUGUAUGUGUGUGUGCGUUUUACUUUAAUAUGAAUUAUACAAAAUACUAGUGGUUUUACACUCUCUUUUCUUAUUCUUAGGGCUUUUGUGUAUGUCUGAUUUGUUUUUAAAUACCUUCCUCAGGAAUGCAGAUCUUAAUUUUUAUAUUUUUUUAAAGUAGCUAACAUAGCAGUAGGCACUUAAGCAUUUAGUCAAUGAUGCUGGUAUAAAUAGUAAAAUACAUCCUUUAAACAUAUGUAUCUAAACAUAUAUUUUAAAAGGAGCAAAAAUAAAACCAAAGUGUUAGUAAAUUCUGUUUUAUUAGACAUUUUAGAAAAAUAAUAGAAUUCUGAAGUUUUAAAAAUGUCAGUGAUUAAUUUAUUUUCAUUUUCAGAAAUAUAUGCAUGCAGUUAUAUUUUAUUUUAUUGUUGACUUAGGCCACAUCUGUAUACAGUAACCGAAUAAACUCUUUUGCUGCUAAAGAGAUUUGUUACUGA